GUUUUUUGUGUCAGCGGAACCCCUAACAGGAACAAUGUGCUGCUGUUACUCUGUCGUUGUCCACACAGAUGUAUAAGCGUUGGAGCUCAGAGGGCCGUGCAGGCCGGAGAGGUCAUGAUGCCCCCAUGAUAGCCUAUGAUGCCCUUCUAGGGGCAGGAAGUGACUGGGCUGAACUGUGUAAACGGGCCAUGUUCCAUGGAGGUGAGAGUGAAGCCACAGGCCUGAUCGCAGGUUGUCUCUACGGCCUCCUUUUUGGCCUGGGCCAGGUCCCCCCAGGCCUGUACCAGGAUUUGGACAAAAGAGAGCAUCUGGAGGAGCUGGGAGAAGCGCUUUACAAAGCAGCUUCUGCAGAGAAGUGCAUAGACAAGUAAUGCUGCUCAACACCGGCCUGAACCCUACUGGCUAUCAGAGGAACUGCACGUGGCUGUAAAACUGCCUCCCUUUGUCCUACACUACCCUCUAGUCCUUCUUGGUAGCGCCUCAGUAGUCUUGCGUGGCAUCCUGUCCUCUCCUCACCUCUCUUGCCUUACUCUCCCUGAUUUUGCAAUACACAGAUCUGUAAUGAAUUAGAAAAGUUAAAGCACCUGUCACUGUAUGUGUAAGGUGGAGGCAAAUCAAAAGGAAGACCAUUUAUGGAAUAACGUUUCAGCCUUUGUCUGGUCCCAUAUGAAUGCUCUUCUGUGAGAUCAUCUCUUCGGAACUACAUCUGCAAUCAGUUUGCAGAAAUGUUAUGUGCUGUUGACGGCAGGGAGGAAUAACUUGUUACUCCACCUAAUAUUAUUAUUAAUAUUGAACUGUGGGGAAAAGAAAACUCUUUGGCCUUUAUAACUUUCACAACUUCAAUAUUUUACCUUUUACAACUUUUACAACUAAUGAACUAGUUAACUUCUCAAAAUUAACAAACAAAAGAUAAUUCCCUUUUCUGACCUUUUUCCUUGUCCGAACCUGCAUUAACAUGAAGCGCAUAGUUAUAUGUUGUGUCAGUGAGUGUCUAUUCAUCAAAAUCUGCAUAAAACAUUGUCCACAAGUUUGAUAAAGCCUAACUGAUUUUAAGAUACUCCUCUCUCCACAAUUUUUCUGUUUUAUCUGAAAAUAAAUUACCUUAAGAUAAUCUGCAUAAUUAAUGUAAUGGCUUUCAUUCUACAUCAAUUUUGGCUUUUUAAUGCAUUUAAUGAUUUUAACUUGUAUGCAUACUAUUAUUGAGUUGUAGUAAACAUUUGAUUUUA